UGUUUCGAAGAUACAGUUGUUUUGGUAUUCGACGCGUUUGAGUACAAUCAAUAAUAUAAUUUCAGUUCGGUUUAAUAAUAAUUUUAUUAUUAUAAAAAAUAAAACGUUUCGAAUUCGUUUGAAAUUCGUAUUAAAAUUUCAAAAUACUGAAAAUUUGUAUUGUUUAUAACAACAAAUUACGAAUUAUUCGUAUUUUUAUCUUGUUAUAGAAGACGAAUGAGAAGUGUACUGUUGAUUUUGAAAUCAAAGGAAAAUAAUGAUAAUCUAACAAUUACUAUAGAUGAUGAUGAUGAUGAUAAUAAUGAUGACUGUAUAAUAAUAGAAGAAUCAAGUGAUGAAGCAAAGAAAGUGAGAUCAUCUCUUGGCGACAGUAAAUGUUCUUGGACUGUUGAUAACUUAAUUUCAGAAUCUGUUUUGGUGAGUCCUAAUAUUGCAAGAAAUGUUAUAAAACUUUUGGAUCAAGAAUGUACUAUUCCAUUCAUAGCUCGAUAUAGACGAGAACAAACAGGAGAUAUACCUGUUGAAAAACUAAGAGAAAUUCAAGAAACUUAUGAAACUGUAAAACUUGUUCAGAAGAAAUCAAAAUUAGCCUUACAUUCACUUGCCAAAGAAGAUAAACUUACUCCUUCAAUUGCUGUUUCAUUAUUAAAUGCAAAGUCACUUUCAGAAAUUGAAUUAAUUUGUGCUCCUUUCAAAACUGGUGGAAAGAAAACACUUGCAGAGCGAGCUAGGAAACUUGGACUGGAGGAAUCUGCGGUAAAAUUAUUAAAUGGUGAUGGCAGUUGUUCAAUGUUUAUUCCAAAUAUUAUGAAUCCAGAUAUUAAAGGUUUGACAAACAAAGAAGAAAUAAAAACUGGAUGGCAGCAUAUUAUUGCUGAUAUAAUUGCCAAGGAUAGAGAUGUUUUGGAUACUAUUCGCAAAAUAUGUGAACCUUCAACUAUUACUUUACAUUCUACAAAGUCUGCAGCUGCUGAAAAAAAUGAUAAGAAAGCAUUUGUGGAAGGGACAGAAACAAAAAAUUAUAAAUUUGAAAUUUAUUUUGAUUUUACUUGUUCAGCCAAAAAUAUUAAACCUCAUCAAGUCUUAGCUCUGAAUAGAGGAGAGCAUCUUAAAAUAUUGAGUGUCAAAGUUUCUGUUAACUCUUAUGCUAAAAAUGAAAUUAUAAAAAUGAUCAAAAGAAAGUUUUUAUUUAAAACUAAAAGAGAUAAUGAAACAUUUCAAAUGAUUAGCAAUUGUAUAGAUGAUUCAUAUAAACGUUUAAUAGAAGCAUACAUCUGCAGACAGACAAGAUCUGAUCUUACAAAGAAAGCAGAAAAGGAAUCAAUUCUAGUGUUUUGUACAAAUUUAAAACACCUUUUACUAACUCAACCAGUAAAAGGUAAAGUAGUGAUGGGUAUUGAUCCUGGUUUUCGGCAUGGAUGCAAAUUGGCUGUUGUAUCUUCUAAAGGAACUGUAUUGGAAACAAGUGUCAUUUAUCCUUUUGAUGCAAAUAAGUCCAAUGUUGCAAGAAAUAUUCUUAAACAACUGAUUGAAAAACAUGGUUGUGAAAUUCUUGCUAUUGGAAAUGGUACUGCUUGCAGAGAUACGGAAAAUUUUUUGUCUGGUCUUAUAUCAAAAAAUGCUUUUCAUCCACUUCAGAUAAAAUACUGUAUAGUGAAUGAACAUGGAGUUUCAAUUUAUAGUGUUACAAAAGAAGCUGCUGCAGAACUACCGGGAAUGGAUCCAAAUGUUCGAAGUGCAGUGUCAAUUGCACGUCGACUUCAAGAUCCUUUAUUGGAGUACAUCAAAGUUGAACCAAAACAUCUUGGUAUUGGAAUGUAUCAGCAUGACAUCCCAGAAAAAAUGUUGAAAAAUGCACUUAAUGAAGUUGUCAUUGAAUGUACUAGUUUUGUUGGCAUUGAUUUAAAUGUUUGUACAGAACAAAUUUUAAGUAAAAUUGCUGGAUUAACUCCUGCUAAAGCAAAAAAUAUCAUCAAAUGGAGGACAGAAAAUGGACCGUUUCAGAAUCGGCUACAACUAAACUGUGUUAGAGGCCUUGGCCCCAAAUCAUUUGAACAGUGUGCUGGAUUUGUUAAAAUAUUACCUGAGACUUGUAUGAUAGACCAUUCUAAUGAUAUAGAAAUAAUAGAAAUUGAAACAGAUACAAGAAAGAGAAAAUCAGCCAGUAAAACAACAAAAUCAAGAAAAAAAAUGAAAUUAUCAAUAGAAAUAAAUCCUCUUGAUAUGACAGUUAUACAUCCAGAAUCUUAUGAUACUGCUGAGAGAUUUUUAAAGAAAAUAAAUGCAAAUGCAGCCGAUAUUGGAAAAUCCAAACUGAUAGAGAAAAUAAAAGAACUAAUGAACAAUACAAAUAUAGAACAGUUAUCAAACGAAUUUAGUGUAUGUUCUCCUACUAUGCAAUUGAUUGUUGAUGCAUUAUCACAACUUUUGGAAUAUGAUAUUAGAUCUGGAUAUGAUAAACCAAUGUUCAAAAGUGGAGUUAUGUCCAUCAAUGAUAUUACUUGUGGAGAAGUUUUAACAGGAAAAGUCAUCAAUGUAACUCAUUUUGGUGCCUUUGUAGAUAUUGGACUGGAAAUAAGUGGACUUGUGCAUGUGUCUAAAAUGGGUGGGAAAAAACUUUCAUUAGGAAACCAAAUUAAAGUUAAAGUGAUUAGUGUUGAUUUGAAAAAACGGAGAAUUGGCUUACAAUUUAUUGAACAGUUACAAUAAAAGAUGCUUAUCUUUAAUAUAUAAAAA